AGGCGGGGCCGGCGAAGGGGCGGGGCCGCGGCGGCUGGUGGUGGUGCCGGGCUCGCGGAGUGCGCAGCGGUGGGACCGUUACUCUGAGGCGGCGCAGCCUGGCGGCGGGAGGGCGCUCGAGGGUCUGUCCCCGCGCCGCCUGAGCCCUGCCCCGAGGCGGGGGGUCCCUGCCCCAUCGCCGCCUUGCCCCGGCUGAGGCACCGAGCUGCGACCCCCCCCCACCCCCCCCGGGCGAUGCCCUGGGCCGUGCUGGGCGCCGGCAGGUGAGUCCCCAGCGUCCGCCGCUCGUGCGACCCGCCGCCAUGGGGGACGGGGAUGUCAACUCCAACCUGCUCAUCGCCCGCAGCACCGGGGACGCGCAGCUGGACGAGGCGGUCGGGCAGUGGCUCAGCUGGGACAAGAACCCUAAAACAAAAGAGCAGAUUGAAAACCUGGUACGGAAUGGGAUGAAUAAAGAGCUGCGGGAUCGUCUCUGUUGCAGGCUGACCUUCGGGACUGCUGGACUUCGUUCUGCCAUGGGGGCAGGCUUUUGCUACAUUAAUGACCUUACAGUGAUCCAGUCAACACAGGGAAUGUACAAAUACCUUGAGAGGUGUUUUUCAGACUUCAGGCAGAGGGGCUUCGUUGUUGGAUAUGACACGCGAGGUCAGGUGACCAGCAGCUGCAGCAGUAAGAGACUUGCAAAGCUUACUGCAGCAGUCCUGCUUGCAAAAGGCGUACCUGUGUACUUGUUUUCAAAAUACGUUCCUACGCCCUUCGUGCCCUAUGCUGUUCAGCAGCUCAAAGCUGCAGCUGGUGUGAUGAUCACAGCAUCACAUAACCGUAAGGAGGACAAUGGAUACAAGGUUUAUUGGGAAAAUGGAGCUCAGAUCACAUCUCCUCAUGACAAAGAGAUCCUGAAAUGUAUAGAAGAAUGUGUUGAACCAUGGAAUGGUUCCUGGAAUGAGAAUCUAGUAGACACCAGUCCUCUUACACGAGAUCCUCUGGAGGAAAUUUCUAAAAGCUAUAUGGAAGAUCUGAAAAAGAUCUGCUAUCACAGGGAACUGAACAUAAAGACCAACUUGAAGUUCAUUCAUACAUCUUUCCAUGGCGUUGGACAUGACUAUGUCCAGCUGGCUUUUAAAGCAUUUGGCUUUAAGCCUCCCAUUCCAGUACCUGAACAAAAAGAUCCAGAUCCAGAUUUUUCUACCGUUAAAUGUCCAAAUCCUGAAGAAGGAGAAUCUGUGCUGGAGUUGUCUCUGAGGCUUGCGGAGAAAGAAAGCGCCAGAGUGGUUGUGGCCACUGAUCCUGAUGCAGACAGAUUGGCGGUGGCAGAACUACAAGAGAAUGGUCGUUGGAAGGUGUUUACCGGCAACGAGCUGGCAGCUUUGUUUGGGUGGUGGAUGUUCAGGAGCUGGAAGGCGAACCAUUCCAAAGAAGCUGAUGUGAAGAACAUUUACAUGUUAGCAACCACAGUCUCCUCUAAAAUUCUGAAGGCGAUUGCACUUCGAGAAGGGUUUCACUUUGAAGAAACACUGCCUGGUUUUAAAUGGAUUGGAAGUAGAGUAAAAGAUCUCCUAAACAGUGGGAAAGAAGUUCUUUUUGCAUUUGAAGAGUCAAUUGGUUUCAUGUGUGGCACAUCAGUGUUGGAUAAGGAUGGCGUGAGUGCAGCUGUGGUUAUAGCUGAAAUGGCAUCUUAUCUGGAAAUCAAGAACCUAACAUUGGCACAGAAACUAACUGAAAUAUAUGAAAUGUAUGGAUAUCACAUUUCAAAGACCUCCUAUUUCUUGUGCUACGAACCUCCUACUAUCAAAAGGGUAUUCGAAAAGCUUCGGAAUUUUGAUUCCCCAACAUCUUAUCCAAAGUCUUGUGGCACUUAUGGUGUAUUACACGUACGGGAUGUUACCACUGGCUAUGAUAGCAGCCAGCUUAAUAAGAAAUCGGUGUUGCCUGCAAGUAAAAAGAGUCAAAUGAUCACCUUCACUUUUCAAAAUGGGUGUGUUGCCACCCUCCGGACAAGUGGAACUGAGCCAAAGAUCAAGUACUAUGCAGAGAUGUGUGCGCGGCCUGAGCAGAGUGACAAAACCUUUCUGGAAGAACAACUACAGAAAGUCAUUGAAGCUUUGAUUGAGAAUUUUUUGGAGCCCAGUAAGAAUGGACUGAUUUGGCGUUCCGUGUAGAUCUCCUCCAGCAGUUUGUUGUAGAAGUGACUCUCCUUGCGCUGUAUCAUGUGGAACAAAGGAACCAAGAUCAGAACUCUAUUUAGCAUUAAUUGUGUGUGUGCGUGUGUGUCAGUUACCUAACUGGCUAAAUUCUUAAAACCAAUAAAGAGGCUGCAUCUUUUUGUCAGUUUUCCAGCAAAAAGCUAUGGCUGGCAAAUGGAUUUGGUGGAGUUAAUAUCUACAAUUUCAUGUUCUUUUGACCAGAAGACACAUGUACAUUAGCAUAAUGAAGUCAACUCCCAUAGUUCAAAAUGUAGCACUCCAAAGGGUUAAGACUGCUAAACUCUGCUGUAGCGUAAUCACUAGGUUUCAUGUUGAAUGAACGAAUACCUAGCACCUUUGAUUUGAAAAGACUUGAAUUCAAAAAGUUCUGUUAGUCAUAAGUGUAUUUGAAGGGAAUUAGCAAUCACAUAAGACUGACAAAAUGAGCCGGCUUCUUAAUUGCUGUGGAGUGUGUAGGUAUCAUUUACCUUUACAGGUCUUAAUUUACAAGUAUGAUAAAAUAGAGUUUAGUAUUUAAAAUGUCUAGCUUAGACAAGUUGUUACAGUAUAUGGUUUUCAGCCAUUUAAAUAUCCUAGUAUUAGAGGGGCUCUUGGUGCAUUGUAUUUUUUCCUGUGUAUCUUAAAAUACUGCUGUUUACUUAACAGUGAAACAAUAGUGGCAACUCCAUGCAAUUUGAUUCGCAGCUUGGUUUUUUACUGAUCAAACAGUGCCUUUCCAGGAUGUCCUAAUCAGGGGAAAUAAUCUGUCUGUGUCUUGUUUAAAUUAGUGAUUCUAACCACCAGAGGCCCAUUGAGCAUAGUUUAAUCAGUUGGUUUUCUUUCACUUUAUAAAACUCUCCCAAAAUAUUCUGGAUCUCAUUCUACAUUAUCUCAAAUUAAGACAUCUAAAAGCAGGCUGUUCUAAAAUAUAGAUGCCUUGUGAAUGCAGGGAGGACUAUGUGGAAAUCGAGUUAAUAUUUCUCUAACCUCUUGAAAUGACAGUGUCUGUGUUCUCUGCUCACUUAUGAGAGAGGAAGCUAAUGGAGGUGAGACAUGGGCUCUGGGUAUUCACCCCUUUACUCUCACUUUUCUUCACUUACAGUUGUAUCUACAAAUUAGCUCCUGAUGUUGCCUGCCUGCAAAUAUUCGAUCCUUCCUCUAAACUCACUUUAAUUAUCUGUUCGUGUAAGUUUUUAGCUGCUAUUCCUAAUGAUAUAAUUCCUAACUAGUACCUUACUCUCUUUGACUAGAACCUGGUUUUCUUAAUGUGGAAAGUCUUUGGAAGGUUGCUGUUAGCACCUGUUCUGGGAAAACUGUAUUUUAAAAAGCAUACUGCUUCCCUGUUCAGCGUCCUCUGGAUGCUCAUGUCCCUGGGUGCAGAAUAAUGCUUGACGCUUUGUCUUUUAAACUGGUGAUAGAAAUCUCUAAAAUAGGAACUGUGAUGCUCUGGACAUCUAGCCACUAUGGUACUAAAAUAAUUAAGUAGGACAGUUGAACACACAAGUACAUACUAUGGUGUCUGAUGCCUAAACAUGGUUAUAGGACUCUAGUAGUAUCUUUUUUGAUUAAUCUCCUCUAAAUCAGUAUAUAGUUGAGUUCCUAAAACCCAAGAGGCACUUGUUUAAACCAUUGUUUGCCACUAUUGUUAAACCUUUGAAUUUGUCCUCUAUUAUACCCUUAUAGCUAGGUUCUGUAGGACAGUGCAGAACGGUGCUGUACAUAUCUCAGCUAGGCAGAUAUAAAGACAACAUGUUUUCGGUUUCUGUGCAGAAAUUGGAUAUGUCAUGCUGACAGAGGCUUUGCACUAUGACCAUAAAUACGUAUUUUAGCUAUAUAUGAAUGUACAUGUACUGCAGGAAGUUGUCGCACAGAUUCUUAUUUACAAGCAAUGUUUAUUUAUUUUUUUUAUUUUAAAUGAGAUUUCCAAGUUGUCCACACAAUUGAGUGAAAUUUCUCUUAUGCCAAAAGGGGUUCUUUCCUUUGAUUAUUGUAUAUUUGUGAGUGCGAUGUUGGGGGGGAGGGGGAAAUGGGUGAAAGCAAUGAAGCUUGACUGCUUUCACAAUAUUGCAUGAAUUGGAAGAUAUCCAAAGAUAUGCGGAGCAAGUCUUUUUAAGUUGCUGCUGGGACUUUGCAUUUUUUUUCAUGAUGGAAGUUAAACUUCAGACCUGAUUCUGGUCCCACUAAAGUGAGUGGAAGCAUUGCCAUUAAUUUCAUUGGCAGCAGGAUCAAGUCCUUGGGGUUUUGAAUCUUUUUUUGUAAUUCAGAAGAGAACAAUUCAUUUUUUGUGUGCGUGGUUUGAACAAAGCUAAACAUUGUAAAAGGCGUAUGGAGUUGUGUCUGUGGAUAGGUAUGGUGUAGAACAUAGAAUUGUGUAAGGCUUUCAGAUCUGCUUUCCUAGUAGCCGGUUAGCUGAGCCUGGUCUGAAUUAGGGAUGUAAAAGUUUAACCGAUUAACCGUUAAGCUUGAUGCUUAUCAAUUCAGUUAACGAUUAAACACUGCUGCUGGCUCCGGGUCCCAGCUGUCAUCCCGCGUGCCCGAAUGCCGUGCACCAGCGGUAGCUGGGACCCCAGGCGCAAAGCCGGCAGUUGGGACCCCGCGUAAAACAUGGGGUUGCUACAUCACCCCCCACAUCCUUAGUUCCCCAGUUAAACGUUUAACCGAUUACUUUUUUUACACACUAUUUACAUAGCUAGUCUGAAUCUAAUCCAGUAUUAGAUAAAUCUUAACAUGCGCACCAGGCUGUUGAACACUUAAAAGAUGCGGGUUUCAAAAGGCUUUUGAGACUUGAUGAAUCUGGCGGAGCUGAGUAUCAGUGGUUUUCUUAAACUGAUCAUUAGGCCCUUAGUUCUUAAGCAGUACAUCAUGGAUGAAGUGCUUUUGGAAGUGGGGCACCAGAAUGACUGUAUUCUAAGGGUAUAAUAAUUACUGCUGUUUAAUCUGCUGCUACCAUUGUUUUCCAUUGAUGUGUGUAAUGCUUGAAGUAUCCCUAUUAUUCCAUUUGGAGAAGUUGUUUUCUUUCCUCUCUCUCCAUUCCCUCCCCUACUUUUGUUACUGUGAAAGAUGAUCAUCUUGUUACCUCACUGCUGAGUACCUUUUUGCUGUACCUACUGCCUCAGCACUUUGAACGUGUGCACAAUCUGGUUUCAGUUAUGGGCUUUUUUAAUAGUUUUGUUUGCAUUGUAGAAAUAUUUAAACUGUGUGUGGGGAGGUGACUAAUUCUAAACCAAACCAGUUCUUUUUUCAUCUGGAUGUUUACUGACUUACGGCGCUUCCUGUUUAUAAGAUGCAUUUCUAAAGGUUGGUGUGGAGCGAUUCAUCAGGUAUGAUAGAGCCAGUGAUUAUUUGUGUCUAGCAUUUGAGUAGUUUCAUUUGUUGUUUUUUUUUGUACUGCUGCAUACAGAGGCCUAAUCUCUAUCCCAUUCAAGUCUGUGGCAGAACUUCCAUGGGACUAGGAUAUGAUCCUUUAAAGGAUAAGAAAUUUGCCAGGCAAGUUGACACUGUUUAUAAUACACCUCUUCUAUUUGUGUUUUUGCAUAAGCACCAUCUUCUUCAGAAUGUGAAGUGCUUGCUGUUCAGUUAGUAAAAGGAAAUCAACAGCUGUUAUCCACCUCCCUCAGUGGUAAUAUCACAGCUCGUCAUAACUCUGGAGGAGAUAUUGAGCUGCAGCAGGAGUGGAUAGCAAAAGCUGUUAAUGCAUGCUUCCCCUCUUUCCUGGCAGUGCAGCACUGAAUGACUACAGGUAUGUCCUAAAGCAAAACUUAAGUGAACCUCUUACUGUAGUUAGAAGUACACUUACUUCCUCUUCUGUCUUUGGGGUCAGGAUGUUUUCCCAUGAAAAUGGGACUGAAUAAAUGGAACACAGUAAAAUGAUAUUUCUGAGCUGACUACUGAGCCUGAUACAGUUCACCUGCAGGGUUCACUGAUCAUGAUUUGAUUCAAUAAGACUUGAACGUGAAUUAAGGAACUUGGAGUUUUGGCAGAGGGAAGCCUACAAGAGAAGGCAUGCACUAAUGCGCCCUUAGAAUGCAAGCCGAGUUGUGGACUCCCAGGGCUUUUUGUCUGUGUUUAUGACCGAGGACUUCAGUGAAGGGACGCGACCUGAGGGGGGAGCCAGUCUUAUACUGGGUUGAUCUUGUAACCCAUUAGUGACAAGAUUGCUCUGCGUUUGUAUGUAGUGAAAUAUCCAGUUUCCCUUUGUGGGUUGAGAAGACUGCACCUCCCUCAGUGUGAUUGGCGCAGUUUGGUUAAAUGCUGGCUAACUUUGGUUUGCAGUCUGGGGUCGUCUGUGAUAACACACAGCAGCAACAUCCCCUUAUUGGCAACAUGCAGCUCUGGACUGGGCUUUAAGCUUCGCAUUUCUCCGUUCACAGGGUAUCUGCCCACAGGGGUGCCAGCGAUAAUGCUAUCCCUGGUACUGCAAUGCUCAGGUAGCACCUUUAUCCCCCACUCUCACAUAGACCAGGCUUCCAGGUUACCAGCAAUUUCAGUUCUCUUUUUUAAUAAAAGGGAAAAAAUAAGGCCAAAGAGAUUGGAAAUGUUGAAGCAAAGAGCCAUGUGUCUACCUGGGGGCCAGAACAUGCCCUCUCCUUCUCUGAAAUUCUUCUGUUCUCAGCCAGUGCCCCCAUAGUAUUCCUGAACUCUGCCCCUCCAGCGGUGUUCGCUUUUGCUCCCUAUAGCUGGGGGCAAGGGAUAUUUCAUGAAGCACCCUGAGUUCAAGGAACUUCCUUGAAACUUUUGCAUGGAAAGUAAGAGGGUGGUCACUGUUAGCUUCAGGCAGGGCAAAGCCGCUAGUGCUAAGGAAUGAACAAAGUAACCUGCUGAGUAAAGAUAUGGGCCUGCCCCUAAAACUAGCUGUGUGUGGGAAUACCUCUGCUCCUCCCUCACAGCCCCGUUAAAGUGAGAUGAGCCCCCACACGCUCAUUGUAGGAUCAGGGCCCUGUGGGUUUAUGGCUUCUUGCUUUGAGACGUAUUUGACACUCCAUCUAGGCAAUGUCGGACCUGAAGUGGCAGAGGCAUUUGCCAAGACAUUGCUCUUCUACCACAAGAGCAAUUCAUUUGCAUUUAGAUCGAGGGCCAAAUCCUGUCUCAAUGAAAGGCCCCAAACUCAGUGUUGUUCCGUGGCAGGGAGGGAGGUGGUGUCUGGAACCUGUGAGUGGGGUCUCCGCUCCCCACACCAGCAUGUAGCACAGAAGCAGUGAUGGCUACUGCAAAGUCUGGGUUGCAGGGAGUCUGCUGUCACUUCACAGCCUGAGGGACAGAAGGAUUCCAGUCCCCCACGCCAAGCCCGGCUACUUGGCCUCAUCACAAGGGGAAAGAUUUUUGCCAUUGUUCAGGAAACUAUUGAUCCUAAAAGAUUAAGCAAAGAGUUGAAUCAGCGCUCCUGGUGAAUAUUUCUUUCAUGAUUUUUACCUAGAACGUCUAAAAGGCACAAACAUUUGUAAGCAUGUCUUACCACACCCAAGAGAAGAGAGGGGUGCUGUUUGCAUGGGGAAGCCUGGGCAUUCCGAGCCCAGUUCUGAUCUCAUAUUCCCAGUGAAUAUAGCAGCUAUGUCCCACGAAUGUUCGAUGGCUGAUUCUUCCGAGAUGAUAGCACCCACAAUACCUGAAGUCAUUGCUCUCGAUUUAGAACCCAGGAACGUUUUAGAUCUGUUACCUAUUCUUGUUCCAUUUGUUACUUCAAAUGCCUUUUCUUUUAAGAAAUUGGGGUGUAUUAUAAAUACAGACUGAGAAUUUGCACUUUUUUUCUGAAGUAUUUCUGUAUGGAUUACUAUGUGGAUUUAGCUGAAUGAAGUGUUGUAACUAAUAAAACAUUCUCUUCGUAGUAGUAAA